GCAGCAGGUAUACGAAAGACCUGUGGGGAAAAGGAUCCUCAACGCGGACGAUGUCCUCCUAUUCGCCGAAGUCGACUUCGAUCUAGCCAACUUGGGACUCCUUGUGUUAGGUUGUGUGUGUUUCGUUUCUGCAGGAUUAAUUCCGCGUGCGCUACUGCUACUUUGGCAUUUUUAAUUUUUUUUAAAUCCUGUGGGGGAACGAGACAGCGGAGUGUUAGCCUCCAUCCGUGCUACCGGGACCUGUUGCCUGCUCCAAUAGCAAUUUUUGUUUUGUUUUGUUUUUUCCUUCGUACGCCAGCCAUACGACAAGUACUCCACCAGCUGUGUUGUGUGCUCCGAAAUCCUGGGAACGGAUACAGAAUCGACUUCGGCUGUCGUCUGCUUCGAAGGUAUUGACAGCAGAGGGGGCCGCGGACGGGCGGGCAGUAGCAGCAGCAGCCAGUAGAGGCCAGCACUUGAGCAGCGGGGCCCGGCUGAGGAGGAGCGGGCGCCAUGGAGCUGGCACACACCAAGUCCACCAAGGAGGUGCUGGACUACUUCGGCACAGACCCCGAGCGAGGCCUCACCGAGUCCCAGGUCAAAAAGCUACAGGACAAGUAUGGUCCCAACGAACUACCUGCAGAAGAGGGAAAGCCUCUGUGGCAACUUAUACUCGAACAGUUUGACGACCUUCUAGUGAAGAUUUUAUUAUUAGCUGCUGUUAUUUCAUUUGUGUUGGCGCUAUUCGAGGAGCAUGAAGACUCCAUCACAGCCUUUGUUGAACCUUUCGUCAUCUUGCUCAUUCUGAUUGCCAAUGCCGUUGUGGGUGUGUGGCAGGAACGUAAUGCAGAGAGCGCGAUAGAAGCGCUCAAAGAGUACGAGCCCGAGAUGGGCAAAGUUAUACGCGCCAACAAACAGGGUGUCCAAAAGAUUCGUGCCAAGGAAAUCGUCCCUGGAGAUCUUGUGGAGGUGUCCGUUGGUGACAAGGUCCCUGCCGAUAUCCGGUUGAUGAAAAUCCACUCUACAACCCUACGAGUGGACCAGUCCAUCCUGACCGGAGAGUCGGUCUCGGUCAUCAAGCACACGGACGCAAUUCCAGACCCCCGUGCUGUCAACCAGGACAAGAAGAACAUUCUUUUUUCGGGUACCAACAUUGCAUCAGGAAAGGCUGUCGGCAUUGUCGUUGGCACUGGCCUUGAAACUGCCAUUGGUAAAAUCCGGACAGAAAUGACGGAGACGGAAGAAGUGAAGACCCCGCUGCAGCAGAAGUUGGACGAAUUUGGAGAGCAGCUCUCCAAGGUGAUCUCUGUGAUUUGCGUGGCGGUGUGGGCGAUCAACAUUGGACACUUCAACGACCCCGCUCACGGUGGCUCGUGGAUAAAGGGGGCCGUGUACUACUUCAAGAUUGCCGUAGCGCUAGCCGUGGCCGCCAUCCCCGAGGGCUUGCCGGCCGUCAUCACCACUUGCCUCGCCCUGGGCACGCGGCGCAUGGCCAAGAAGAAUGCCAUCGUGCGCUCCCUGCCCUCGGUCGAGACCCUCGGUUGCACGUCGGUCAUCUGCUCCGACAAGACUGGCACCCUCACUACCAACCAGAUGUCGGUAAGCCGCUUCUUCAUCCUCGACAAGGCUGACCCCGGCGACAUCAGCUUCCACGAGUUUGAGGUAACUGGCUCGACGUAUGAGCCCAUCGGUGAGGUCUUCAAGAACGGCGCCAAGGCCAACUGCGCAAACUACGAAGCCCUACACGAGCUGACCACCAUUUGUUGCAUGUGCAACGACUCCAGCAUUGACUUCAAUGAGUACAAGCAAGCCUUUGAAAAAGUGGGCGAGGCUACCGAGACUGCGCUGAUCGUGCUGGCUGAGAAGAUGAACCCCUUCGGAUUCGACAAGAGCGGCAAGUCCAGGCGUGACGCGGCGUUGACGGUCAACCACGGCGUGCAGGCAAUGUGGAAGAAGGAGUUCACUCUCGAGUUCUCCCGGGACCGCAAGUCUAUGAGCUCCUACUGCUCUCCCACGAGGGCUGCUGCCAACACCAAGCUUGGAACCGGACCCAAAAUGUUUGUGAAGGGGGCCCCAGAGGGUGUUCUUGAGCGGUGCAGCCACUGCAGGGUUGGCGACAAGAAGAUGGCCAUGUCGGGAGCUGUGAAACAGCGCAUCUUGGACCUUACGCGUACCUACGGCACCGGCCGCGACACACUGCGGUGCCUGGCCCUCGCCACCUUGGACAACCCACCCAAGCCGGAAGAGAUGGACCUUGGUGACUCCACGAAGUUUGCCACUUAUGAGGUGAACCUGACCUUUGUCGGCGUGGUGGGCAUGCUCGACCCUCCCCGGAAAGAAGUGUACGACUCCAUCAUGCGUUGCCGGGCUGCUGGCAUUCGGGUCAUCGUCAUCACGGGCGACAACAAGGGCACGGCCGAGGCCAUCUGCCGCCGCAUCGGCAUCUUCGAGGAGGAUGAGGACCCCACGGGCAUGUCCUACUCUGGCCGCGAGUUUGACGACCUACCCUUAGAGGAACAGAGACGAGCCGUCCAGAGGGCGCGGUUGUUCUCGAGAGUGGAGCCCGCCCACAAAAGCAAGAUCGUCGAGUUCCUCCAGGCCGACGGCGAGAUCUCUGCCAUGACCGGCGACGGCGUCAAUGAUGCUCCCGCUCUCAAGAAGGCCGAGAUUGGCAUUGCCAUGGGCUCGGGCACGGCGGUGGCCAAGUCCGCUUCGGAGAUGGUGCUGGCCGACGACAACUUCUCGAGCAUCGUGUCAGCCGUGGAGGAAGGUCGCGCCAUCUACAACAACAUGAAGCAGUUCAUCCGUUACCUGAUCUCGUCCAACAUUGGCGAGGUGGUGAGCAUCUUCCUGACAGCGGCGCUGGGCCUGCCCGAGGCCCUGAUCCCUGUGCAGCUGCUGUGGGUGAACCUGGUGACGGACGGCCUGCCCGCCACUGCCCUGGGCUUCAACCCCCCCGACCUGGACAUCAUGGAGCGGCCUCCCCGCAAGGCGGACGAGUCCCUCAUCUCAGGCUGGCUGUUCUUCCGGUACAUGGCCAUUGGGGGCUACGUGGGUGCAGCGACCGUGGGUGCAGCAGCCUGGUGGUACAUGGUGUGCCCAACGGGCCCUCACCUCAACUACUACCAGCUGACGCACCACUUGUCCUGCCUCACGGACAAGGAGAACUUCCGUGGCGUCGACUGCGCGGUCUUCCACGACCCGCACCCGAUGACCAUGGCCUUGUCCGUGCUCGUCACCAUUGAGAUGCUCAACGCCCUCAACAGCUUGUCCGAGAACCAGUCUCUCCUGGUGAUGCCUCCCUGGACCAACUUCUGGCUGGUGGCAGCCAUGACUCUUUCCAUGACACUUCACUUCGUUGUGCUGUACUGCGACAUCCUCAACACGGUGUUUUCGGUGUGCCCGCUGUCUGUGGCCGAGUGGUUUGCUGUCCUCAAGAUGUCCAUUCCGGUCAUCAUCCUCGACGAGACGAUGAAGUUCAUCGCCCGCAAGUUCAUCGAUGCAUCGGAUCAGAGUGCGUAUCGCACACGUCCCGCUAUGCCUCCUCCGAGGAAGAAAUGCAUGACUGGUCCAGUCGCCCCCGAAGUUCAGAAGAAGAAGAACUAGGCGGACUGGGGCGAAAAAUCAAAGCCAACGAAGCGAAAAGGGGGAAAAAAAAAAAAAAUGGUGCGCGCCCGCCCGCCCGCCCCCUACACCUUUUGCACGAACUGUUGUUUUUGGGCGACUGCGAGAAGACUCCAGCCGUGCGGGGACAAGAAAAAGCAAACAAAAAAGUGAACAACUACCUUCGUUAGUGAAUUGUGUGACCUCAGAAACUUGUAGUAGUGCAUGUUUCUCACGUUAGCGGUGAAUUCAAACUUUAUCCUCUCUCGUCUUCCUUUUACGUUCUCUCUCUCCACAUUUUCUCGUAUUUCUUUUUAUUUUAUUUUUUCUUUCCCGAAUGCUCUCGAAGCCGUCUUAACCGUUCGUGACAUUUGCGAGGGGCGUUUUACCUAUCCGAAGAGGAAAAAAAAAAAAGAAACGGAAACCGAAACCGCCCCGCGACGGUUUUUUCAUCCCCACACGUUAACGCACACACAUACCCUUACUUCAUUUUUUUUUUUUUUUUUGCUCUCGUGUGUGUGGUUUUUCUCCAGUUUUAAGGGGCCUUGAGCCCCGUGUUCAGAGACCCCGCUUUAUUUUUUGCUGGUUCCCGGUUGUGUAUAAUGUAACGAUCUUUAGGAAAGAUACGAAACUAGCCAAACAGCGGUGGUGUCGGCCGUGCGCGCGGCGGCGGUUUUUUAUUUUUCGUCUGCUAUGCGUGGGCGUCUGCUAGUUGCGCGCUGGCCGCACCCACCAAUUCCAAGAAUAACAAAAAAGCGAGCGAGAACAAAAGAGAGGAAAAAAAAAAGGUAAACAGCGCUGCCAAGAGCCGCGUACGGCGUUGACCUGAAAGAUGGCUGAGCGUCGUGCGAGCUCUGCCGGGAAUUUUUAUUUAAAAAAGAGGCGGGUCUUCGGAACGCGCAGCCAUCACGUACGUGUACCAUCUCAUUCCCAGUUCCUGUAUCUUUGUUUUUUUUUCGCCCAUGUGUGUGUGUGUGCACCCGCCACUUAUUAUGUUAAUUUAAAUACCGAGAGAGCGGCAUUUUCAGUGAAGAUAUACGGUACGUGUACCAUUCUACUGCAAGCGUUGUGUGUUUCUCAACGUAGGGAUGUUCUAAAUGACCUCCACAUUUUGUUUUUUUUUUUUCUUAUUCUUUCUUGCUCACUUCUGUUGUAUAGCUGAGCAUCUUUUUCGUGGUCGCGUCGUCUUAUUCUUUUUUCUUCGCUGCUUGAUCGUGUGUACAUGACAUAGAUCUGGCGUAUUAUUUGUGCGCUGAAGUGCUACUCUGCGUGAAAGGAACAAAAAAAAAAGGAAGAGUAUACAAACAGUCUUCAUCGGAAGUGCAUAACCGAACAAGUGUACCGCUAAGCGAAGGCAUUGUAACGCCGGACCUAGUCUGGGGAUCGAGGGUGUUAGGGAAGAAGGAAACACGCGAAAGAAAUUGCCGCCCUGCGCUCACAUUGUACGCACCCUGACUCGCGUGGUCAGCUCGCCGCAAUAUGAGAAGAGUUCUGCGAGAGAGAACAGCUAGGCGACAGUGAUAGGCUUCCCGUGCCGUGCGUCUCGGAGGCUUCGGCGCCAGACGACUCUAGGUUCGCCCCGCGAAUCGCUGUAGAUGGCGCUCGCUACGUGUGUUCGAUGGAGGCACCACGUGCGGCUCCCUAAAGGGAGCACCGGCGGUAACUCUAGUAUUCGAUAAAAGGGCACGACUGCAAUGCAUCGGGUGAGGAGGAGGGCGCGUGGAUCUUUCAAUCGCCGCACAGUUAUAUACAUGCACAUCGUGUACGCGCAUAAUGUUGUUCGGUGCUCUUUGUUUCGCGCUAGGGUUAAGAAUAGAACCCCCCCGAAGGAGGAGGGAAAAAAAGGAGGAGACUGCCGGCGCCACGCGACAGAUGGCGCUCGCUGACACGCAGAAAACGGCGGGCCGCCAGUGUCGCGUAGCGUCCCAUAUGUGCAACGUCCUUCGUUUCCCGCGGACUUUUUUUUUUUUCACUCGUCUCUCGACCACUUGUGAUAUAUGUUAGCGCUGUGUGUCGUCCCACCGCCACUAUAUACCCACCCUGUGUACCACACGCCCCCACCAACACCACCACUACACAUUUGCCCCGCCCCCUUAUCCCCCUCCUCCUCAAUCGGAAUGGGAAAGAGACCGUUUUGUACAGACCGGUGUGGACGGAGGUCGAACAGUGUACCAUACUAGAGAGAAAAUAAAACACGACUCCUCU